CGACAGCCACUGACCGACAAGAACAAAACCGACCCGGGAAACUUGGGCAAAAGCCUCCAUAGUGUGUAUCAAUCCGUGAAUCCGUGCUAGAUACGGAAAUGAACGCUACUGGCGGUACCCGCCGCGAUGUUCAUGCCGGCAGUUGGUACUCGAGGGAUCGUCCACGCAAAAUGCCCACUCGCCAGCUAACCACUGAGAACCUCGUAGAUCCAGAAGCCAAACGAGCCUAUCAGAACCCCAAUCCUGGAACUCCUGCCGAACAUUUCAAUGAUCGUGGCUUUGCUGGCGGCCCGACGACAGAUUCUUCCUGCCCGCAAUCAGUCGUCUUUGUCAUCCCAGGAGCUGUAAGAACCGCGUACUUGUUGUACCUUGGUUGUAGCUGCCACAGUUCCGUCCUCUGGCGGUUUGGGGAGAUGAGCUCUGGUGAUCCAGAGGCUGCUGCGGUGGGAUGUGCAGGGGUUGGUAUUGUGCUAAGUCACCGGGCGGAAGUAUCAUUGCUUGACUGGAUACCUGUUGAUAGUUGCCUCUGUGCGGUUCGUCUGGCAACGUCUGUGAAGGAGUCUCACAAGCGGCAAGUUGAUAGACGUCUGUUUAUGGUGUCUGCCUAUGCCCCAACUGACUGUGGCUCUGACGCCGUCAAAGACAGGUUUCACGACGCCCUGAACGCUCUGCUGUGGCGAGCUAAAAGCUCAGGCAUUGUGGUGGUUGCCGGAGAUAUGAAUGCGCAAGGGAUGCAUGCUAUUGAACGACUGUCUCCGGCAGAAUUUACCGCAUAUUUGGAUCAAUAUGGAAACACAAUAUGUGGUCGACAUCCCAUUGGUAUUCUUCUGCAAAUGGUUGAAUCACUCCGCAAGGGAGGCGGUCCGUCCACACAGUUCAACUUCAAAUUCAUCAAAUACACUCAGUCAGAACACUGCCAAAGCAUGAAUGAUUCGUCUGUCAGUUACGCCGCCGGCUCUUUACUCAUGCGUUAGCCGACGGUGCAACUUCAUUGACAUUCUUCCCUCACCUUUAAGCCUCAAGUGAUUCGGCAAAAGGCCUAGUCCUAUCCAUCACUUCUCCGCAGUUUCCUAUUCUUUUGUUCAAAUGUAUUGUUUUCUAAAGUAACUUCAUUUAUAAACGUCCUAGCAAUUUU